AUGCUCUCGGACCUGGUCCUCGCCGCGCUCCGCGUCGCGACCCGCGCCGCGGUCGUCGCGACCCGCGCCGCGGUCGCGGCGCCGCGAGCGAUCGGCGCCUUCGCGCUGGCCGCGUUCCACGACGCCGUCGCGGAGUGGGUCGCGCGGCGGGCGCUCCGCGAACGCCGCGCGCGCCGCGCGCACUACGCGGCCUUCGCGGAGCGCGAGCGGGUCAAGGCCAAGGCCGAGGCCGAACGGCAGCGGGCGCGCGGCAAGCCGCCGCCGCCGAAGGCCCGCAAGGCGUCGGCGGCGAGGCCCCGCGCCCCCAAGGCCAAGGCCGAGCCCGCGGCCAAGCCCGCGGACUCGGAGAAGCUCGACGUCGUCCCGGAGGUCGUCCCCGCGGAGCCCGCGGGCGUCUCGUACGUGUCGCCCUGUGUCUCGCCGGACGACGGCGUCGGCGUCGAGGAGUCCAAGGGCGGCGAAUUCGGCGUCGGCGUCGAGGAGUCCAAGGGCGCCGAGCCCUUCGAGGAGACGCCGUCGGAGAGCACCGAGGGCUCGUCGCUCGGCGCGGAGGCCCCCUCGUCGUCCUCCGGCCGCUUCUCCUCGCUCGGCACGGAGGAGGAGGACAAGCUCUACGCGUCCCUCGACGCGGAGCUGUCGACGGCCCAGCGCCGCGGCGCCGCGCGCGUGCCCGCGCUGCUCCUCGCGCUCGUGGCGCUCGUCGUGCUCACGACGGCCGCGGAGGUCGGCUGGCUCGUCUACGAGCACGUCCGCCGCUCCGCGGCCGUGCGGCGCGCGCUGGAGACGGCGAUCGUGCUCCGCGUCUGCCGCGCGGUCCACGAGACGCAGCGGGAGCGCGGCCUGCUGUCGACGUACGUCGCGUCGGGCGGGCGCGCGAACGCGCUGGAGCUCGGCCAGCAGUUCCUGCGGACGGACGCGGCGCUGGACCUCGCCGUCGGCGCGGCGCUGCGCCACGCGGACACGGUGCGCGUCGCCGGCGCGCGCUCGGGCGACACGGACCUGUCGCCCUCGCGGACGGCGAGCCUGCUCUACGGCGCCGUCGACGUCGGCGCGCGGCGGGGCCUCUACGUCGGCGGGGCCGCGCGCUGGUCCGCGCCCGCGCCGUUCGCCGAGGUCAUCGGCGCGCCGCGGCUGCGCCAGUACCACAUGAUCCCGGACGCGGCGGUCAACGAGGACUUCGCCAACGGUCUGGUGUCGUUGACCUACCUGCCGCCGCCGAUCCACCGCGUGCUCGCGCUGCCGCAGGGCGACCAGGGCGUGGAACUCGUCCACAUCAUCACGCCGGACCACCCGCCGCGCGUGUCCGGCGCGCUGCGCCACCACACGGCGUACCGGCCCCACAAGGUUUUAGCCUGCGGCGGCGUCGUGGGCACGUCCAUCGUCGUGACGGGGUCGUCCAUCGCGCCGGGCGGCCCGCACUACGUGAGCCUCUGGUCGCUGCCGUCGCGGUCCGGAGGCGCCCGCGAGGGCCCGCUGCUGCCCGUGCUCGUGCACCGGCGCGAGACGCCGAGCCCCAUGUCGGCCAUCACCUACUCGGCGCGGCUCGACCGCCUCUACACGGGCGGCGAGACGAGCGGGUUGGUCUACGAGUGGUCGUUCGACGAGAACCGCAAGUCGGCGUCGGCGGACGCGACGGGGCCCAAGGCCCUGGGCCGCUGCCGCACGCUGCGGCUCCACACCUUUGGCGUCACGACGAUCGUGGAGCUGGAGCGGCGGAAGCGCCACUCGAACCUCAUCGUCACGGGGUCCACGGACGGCAACAUCAACGUCUGGAACCCGAGCGACUGGUUCGGCGGCGGCGCCGCGGACGACGCGACCUUCGACUCCGCCGCGUUGGGCGAGGACCACAGCUCCGCGGCCGUGCCCGCGCCCCACGGGCGCAAGGAGCUCGUGCCCGUGCUCCAGCUCGCGGCGCAGUCCACGGGGCCGGGCACGAUCGUCGUGUCCGUGGACCACGGCCUCCUCUUCUCCGCGGGGCGCCUCUCCGUCAAGGACGCGACGGCGUCGACGGUGGUCCUCGUCUGGAAGCUCAGCGAGCAUUCGCAGCACGGCCUCAAGCGGCGCAUCCACGCGCAGCUCACGCGCCACAGCGCGCAGAUCUCGGACGUCGUCGAGGUCGUCGACGAGGCGCAGCUCGUCACCGCGGACAUCGGCGGCCUCGUCGUCGUCUGGCAGAUGCCCCAGCUCACGGCGCGGCAGCAGGUCACGCUGCCGAGCGGCGACCUGCCGAACGUGCGCGUGUGCAUCUCGCCCCUGCCCCACUACGGCUACGCGUCGUCGAACCCGGCGCGCGACAUCGCCGCCAAGGUCAAGAGCGGCCAAUUAUCAAAGGGCAACGCCGGCGGGCCCGACGCGGUGCUCGUCGCCGCGAAUACGAGAUUAGCGCUCUACCAGUUCCAGCUCAGCCUCAUCAAGGAGCCGUUGUUAUUAGCGCACUACGACGCGGGCAUGGCGGUCUUCGUCGUCGUGAGCGCGCAGCGCGUCUCCGUCUGGGACGCGAACAGCGGGCGCCUGCGGUCGCAGAUCGCCGCGGCGAACCUCAUCGGCGACGAGGACGCGGCGGCGCAGGCGGGGCCCGAGGGGGGGCAGGCCCAGGAGCACGUCAAGCUCGCGACGCUGUCGCGGAAGCGCAAGGGCGCGCGCGAGCUGAGCGUGAACAUGCCCGGCGAGGCGGAGACG